ACCCUCCGUACCUUUCUGCGCAUGUGCGAAAUAGCAGGCAAGAAACCGGCAUGUCGUCAGCCAUAUUAGCAAUCUUUUACCACGUUGUUCGAAGAGGUUCAUUGAAAGUUUUUUUCAGUUCUUUUCUCUGGUUAUUUAAGCAGAUCAUAAGAUGGAUGUUUCGCAAGGACGAUCACCGGAAUUCACCCGAUUCUCUUUCUGUGAGCAAACAACCCAAAUCCUGGUAUCGCUGUUGUGUUUGUGGGACAACGUCUCGAAAAACACCAGACAGGAAAUUCUUCAGAUUUCCUAAGGAUCCUAUUAGAUCAAAACAAUGGGCUGCCGCAUGCAGUAAUCAAGACUUGUUAAAUAUAAUCACCAACUGA